CCUUUCAGAAUCAGUUAGCAAUUCUGAUUACUGUAAAUAGGACAUUACUGAGUAGAACAUUUUUACUUAAGCCUAGCUUACGCCCAGUCCCUGCUGCUUGUGUUUGUUUUUCACCGUGAACAUAAAUUCUCUAUCAACCUUGGCAGCUUAAUGACUGUGCUGACACAUCACCAACAGGGUCUUUGGAAGCAUUGAACUUGGACAGAAACCUCAGAGCUGCAGCCAUUGCCCUGGUGACCUCUGCACAUGUAUCAUAGAUUUCAUACCCCAGUUUAAUUCCAGAAAUUCAUUUUGGCAGCGAACCCCUUUCCUCAGAAGAGGAGGAUGGAGAGACUCACGAGAGUAAGAUAAAAUCUCUGAACAAACACUUGUCUCCAAAGAAAACCAUCACUCAGAUUAUGAAGGAUAAAAAGAAACAGACACAGCUCACCUUGCAAUGGCUGGAAGAGAAUUAUAUUGUAUGCGAAGGGGUUUGUUUGCCAAGGUGCAUCCUUUAUGCACAUUACCUGGACUUCUGCAGGAAAGAGAAGCUUGAACCUGCCUGUGCUGCAACAUUUGGAAAGACUAUUCGACAGAAAUUUCCUCUUCUCACCACAAGGCGUCUGGGCACAAGAGGCCAUUCAAAAUAUCACUAUUAUGGCAUUGGCAUUAAAGAAAGCAGUGCAUACUACCACUCUGUGUAUUCUGGAAAAGGUUUGACAAGGUUUUCUGGAAGCAAGCUGAAGAAUGAAGGUGGAUUCACUCGGAAAUAUUCUCUUAGCUCAAAAACUGGGACUCUGCUGCCAGAAUUCCCCAGUGCUCAACACCUUGUGCUGGAAGGGUGCAUCUCUAAGGACAAGGUGGAUACCCUUAUCAUGAUGUAUAAAACCCAUUGUCAGUGUGUCCUUGACAAUGCCAUUAAUGGCAACUUUGAAGAGAUCCAACAUUUCCUCUUGCAUUUCUGGCAAGGAAUGCCUGAUCACCUUCUUCCCCUGCUUGAAAAUCCUGUUAUCAUCGACAUCUUCUGCGUUUGCGACUCAAUUCUGUACAAGGUUCUUACAGAUGUACUCAUCCCUGCAACUAUGCAAGAAAUGCCAGAAAGUUUGUUGGCCGACAUAAGAAAUUUUGCUAAAAAUUGGGAACACUGGAUUGUUUCGUCACUAGAAAAUCUGUCGGAAGACCUUACGACUAAGAAAUUGCCAAUAGCACGACGAUUUGUAUCUUCUCUGAAGCGUCAGACAUCCUUUUUGCACUUAGCCCAGAUUGCUCGACCAGCUCUUUUCGAUCAACAUAUAGUGAACGCCAUGGUUGCUGAUAUUGAGAAGGUAGAUCUGCACAGCAUUGGAUCUCAGGCACUGCUCACAGUCACAGGAAGCAUGGACUCUGAUGGGGAGGGCUACAUUGAAUUGUUCCAAGAACUCAAGGACCUUUUAAAGAAGAACGCCACUGUGGAGUCAUUUAUUGAAUGGCUGGAUACUGUGGUUGAGCAAUGGGUUAUCAAGGCAAGCAAGCAGAAUGGUCGAUCAUUGAAAAAGAGAGCACAAGACUUCCUUCUCAAGUGGAGCUUUUUUGGAGCUCGAGUAAUGCACAAUCUCACUUUGAACAAUGCAUCAAGUUUUGGCUCAUUUCAUCUCAUCCGCAUGCUUUUAGACGAAUACAUCUUGCUGGCCAUGGAGACCCAGUUCAACAAUGAUAAAGAACAAGAGCUCCAGAAUCUACUGGACAAGUAUAUGAAGAAUCUGGAUGCAAGUAAAGCUGCUUUUACUGCAUCCCCAAGCUCUUGUUUCCUGGCAAACCGCAACAAAGCUGGGAUAGUUUCCAGUGAUGCUUCCGUGAAAAAUGAAUGCCUUGUGGAGCAAGCCUAUUUCCCUUUGUCAACCAGUCAACACAGCGGCAUGCCCUCUGCUCUGAAUCCAUUUCCCACAGGGAACAAUGAGAAUCUGCAGCUGACAGGUCAACCAGAGCUCUCUCAGAACACUGGCCAUCUCAUGACUCCGCCCAUUUCUCCAGCCAUGGUCAGUCGAGGCAGUGUGAUCAACCAGGGACCAAUGGCCGGGAGUCCUCCGAGUGCAGGGCCACCAGCAGUAUCUGCACAUUCCCACUGCGUGUCGUAUUCAGAACCCUUAUACCAGACUGUACCACAACCAAAUCAGAAUUUUUACAAUGUCAGUGCUAAUUACCCAGCCAUGUUCCGGACCCAGACCCAUGCCUCUUCUGGAGCCUAUCAGCACCGGGCAGAAGCCAGCCACUUCCCAGCCACAAAUGAGCAGCGGUUCCCCAGAGAUUACUUCAGCAGCAGCUGUGCUGUGUCUCCCAACAGCACCAGAUCACCUCCUGACUAUGGGUCCUCUGCAGCCAUUCAGGAGACGCACGGCAUGCCGUUUUUGAACAGCGGGAGCUACAACUUCAUGAACAAUUCAGUGACUAGUUCCUGUCAAGGAUCGUCAUACGCCUUAAAUGCUUCCAAUGGGUUCUAUGGAAAUCCUCUGAACUACUCAGAAUCCCACAGACUUGGCUCGAUGGUGGAGCAGCACGUUUCUGUCAUCAGCAGCAUAAACAGCAUCCGAUCUCUGCCUCCCUACAGCGACAUUCACGAUCCACUCAGCAUCUUAGAGGACACUGGAAGGAAACAGGGGGCACCAUAUUACACAGAGGCCCCAAUGGCCUGUCGCAACCCAAUGACUUCAGAUAUGCAGCCUGUCAUACCUGUGUCUUCGUCUCAGUGCAUGUAUGGGCAUUCUAGACAGUGUCCUUCUCAAGAAACAAUAGACUCUUCUGGACAGGCCACUCGAGAGAUGGUCUCAUCCUUACCACCAAUCAAUACUGUCUUCAUGGGAACUGCUGCAGGAGGCACCUGAGUCACAGGAGUGGCUGCAUUUUCUUCUAACUUAUUUUCUUCUUGCAGUGUUUGAUGGCUGCUUAACAACUUCCUCUAGUGACUGGAAUGGGAAAGUAUUACAAACUAUCCAUCAGGAGACCACCCAAAGAUUUUUACAAUCCACUAAAAAGAGCAUGGCUGGAUACAAGACAUGUCCUGUAUACAAGCAGGAAUAUAAUUGCCUUUACCAAUGCCAUUUUCACAUGUGGCUUUUAAGUGUCUUUUCUUAUGGCUCUCUGGUUUUUCUGUCCAUGGGUAGAGUCUGUCCAUAAAUUAUCCUUCUCCCCUUGUCACAUUUUAACCAGUACCUCCACUUCCCAUUGUCACAACUUUGCCACCCCUCGCUUCUUAACAUGGGACUCCUCUUACGAAUGACCUUGUAAUUGCAAAGCUCCACAUGUUGAGUGGUGUGCGUCCGCACCUGACAUUGGUGGCUGUUCCUGAUUGAACACCUCUGCUGCACCAUUGUGAUGUCUGAAAUCACCUCAUAACACCAACCCAAUGCCAUAAGUUUUGACACUGCUCUGAGGAAGCAGUCGCUUCUCCCCAACCUGUAAACAGGGGCCAUAUUUGCAUGUGACAGGAAACCAGAGCUUAAAGGGCCAGAGGUUCCCAAACCCAUACAUUUCUGAAGGCAGGAAACUCCGGUUUCACGGGGAGAGCUACCUGAGGGUGCAUCGGUGCCAUAGUUUGUGUCAUCAGGGUGUCGGUGUCAGUGGCCGUUGUGUCAUCAGGGUGAACUCUGUUUCUCCACUAACGUGCCUUGGGUUCCUGAAGUUGAACUGCUUGUAUCAAAUUCUGGUUCCCUUGCAUCACCAUCCUUCUUACAAUGAAUAUUAUAUAGGCCUUGAGAGAUGUGCAUAUGUAUUUUAUUCACUGCUCUGCUGCUUCAGGCGCUUUGAAGUCUGCGGUGUGUAACAUAUGGUUAUGGUAGUUCUUGGAAAUGCUUAAUUCUUGGAAAUGCAGAUGUAUUCUUUGUACAAAGAUUGUGCAUAUUCAGCAUGCAUACAUUACUCACAGUUGGACUGAAUUGUGGGGUGUGUCCCUGUUGUCUACAGUAGACAGUGGAGCAGAGUGACUGUGAUAACUGUAUACUUCUGCAAAACAGCCAGGGGUCUUUAGGGGCUGAAACAAAUGCAAUAACACCCAUGGGUAAGCAUUUGUCCAUUCAAGCAUUUCAUGCACUUCCCCUUCAUUCAUGAAUGCAUUUCACGUAUGGGUUGGACUAUUUGCAUGUAGAAUUAGCAUGCCAGACCACUGGCGGCCGGUGAGGGUGGCACGGUGGGGGGGCAGCGAGAGGUACCUUUAACAGACAACUGGUGAUAUCGCCGGUACCUGAACGCUGCAGGGAGUAGCAGUGCCCUACCCAGCAUGCCAUGUGGUGGCAGCCCCACCUACAGCACUCAUCUGGCUGCCGUCCCAUUGUUUGGAUUUUAUUUCUUCAACAAUCCAGUUUCUUAUGCCAUAUCCUUAGAGCAAGCAUAAAGAAACACAGAUUCUUAUGAUUUGUGAAGAAAAAAACUAAUAUCUAAUUUAUUACAAGUUGUGCUCCAGUCCAUCAUAAAGACAUAUUUUUUAUUAAAAAAAACAAAAACAGAAAAAGGUAACAUUAUUUAAUGGUUGUGAUUUUCUUUAUUUAUUGGUGUUGAAGAAUCAUUUACUUGCAAAUCAAUUUGGCAGACUGAUUGUAAAAUAUAUGCAUUCUACCUCCUAUGGAAAUGUUUACAAGGUCAGUUUUUACUGCUUCAAAUCAGUCUAGACCAAACGUAACAUUUACUAAUCUUGUGUAUUAAAGUGCUCUUUUUCAAAUG